CCAUCUUCAUCUAAUCACAAAUCCCUAUCACCAAGCCCACAUUUAUCAUCAGUUGGAUCUCACGUAGUCAUCCCCGCUGAAAUAACUCAACCAGAACCUUCAAAUUGGUUAACAGAUAACCAAUGGGACAAAAUUGAUCUGAGUCUAAAAUUUAUAGUGAAGGAGUAUUAUUCCAAUAAAGGAAUAGAUGGGGUUGUACAAGUUCCCGUUGACCCGGAGUUUAUAGGAGAACGUGAGGCUAUCUUCAUCACUUCGGAAGACGUUUAUCAAGCAGCCUCCAUGGAUAAUAUUGGAUCCUCAACUAUGCUGUUUGGUAUGAGUAAAAACUAUACGGUGGAUCUUAUAGCCAAAUGGAUGAUGACUAUGGAUAGACGAGGCCAAAUAUAUUUCAUUCCUUGGAUUGUUGAUCGACAUUGGAUGUUGGUGCUCGUGAUGAUGCGGGGGAUGACCAUAAUUUUGGACCCUUUCAAAAAUCAUAAAUCUCCACCAAUAAUUACGGAGGUUAUGGAAAAAGCAUACGCACAAUGUUUGGAAAAUGAAUACAUCGGCACAUUUACAAAAUUGGUGAGAGGUUCUUGUCCAAAACAACCUGAAAGUCAUGAAUGUGGUUAUUAUGUACUAAGAUACAUUUAUGAUCUUGUAAAUGCACCGAAUCGAGCAGAAGUUAUCAAGAAGAAAUGGUUUGACAAAAAGCAAUUCAAUGUCAAAGAGGAUCUACUACCACUACAAAGUGAUUGGUUAUCUAGAUUAAUGCCAUUUGUUUAUGAAAUCUAAAUUUUUUGUAUGUAUAUAAGAUUAAAGUGCUAACUUAUAUUGGUUAGAAUGAUUAAAGUCUUUGAUUCAUUACUAACCAAUUAUUUUGUAUUAGAUAUGAAAUGUAUA